AUGACCGAUACCCCUCCUCUGUCAAAGGCCUCGAGCAUUGUCAUCGCGGGCGCUGGCACAUUUGGCAUCAGUACCGCAUAUCAUCUUGCCAAGCGUGGUUACACCAAUAUCAGAUGUCUCGAUCGUCAUCCCAUACCAAGUCUCGAUUCUGCGGGGUAUGACUUGAAUAAGAUCAUCAGAACGGAAUAUGACGAGCCGCUGUACACGGAAUUAGCGCUCGAGGCACUCGGUGCUUGGAGAGGUUCAGAAUGGGAUGGAAUCUUUCAUGAGACGGGACGCAUCGUGACAACGUUAGGGGACCCACUCGCAGAGAAGCACCUCAAAGAGUCGUACGAGAAUCUCAAGAAGGCUGGUCAGGCUGGCAGCCUUGAGCUGGUGGCGGGUAAAGAGCAAAUUGCCAAGCACGUCCCGCAGCUUCGUGAUGCAGACGGCAUCGAAAACUGGAAGGGCCUUUGGAACAGCCAAGGCGGCUGGGCUCAUGCAAAGAAGUCUCUAGAGAAAUGGGGCAAAGCAGCACAGGGUAUGGGCGUUGAGUUCAUAUCGGGAUCCAAUGGCACCAUGACUGGGUUGAGCAUCGAUGGCUCGGGCAAGCUUGACGGGAUCAAGGUUGCGUCUGGCGACGUUGUCCGCGGGAAUAGGUAUAUCCUCUGCACUGGAGCUGCAUCGCCCGAGUUACUACCUGAGUUGUCAAGGGAGAUGUGGACAAAGUGCUGGUCUUUGGCUCAUAUCGAGUUGAACGACGAGGAGGUUGACCAGUGGAAGGAGAUUCCCGUCCUGGACAACUUUGAGCUGGGCUUCACAUUCGAACCAGAUCCAGAAACGAAGUGGAUGAAGAUCUGUGACGGAUCACCAGGUUAUCAGUACCGAGUCGGCACUUACACCAAUCCCUCGGGUAAGGUGGAACACUACUCGAUCCCACGAUACGCGAGCGCACACCCCGAUGACGGAAUCCCCGAAGAAGCAGCAACGGCUAUCAAUAGAUUUAUCGACACGGUAAUGCCGCAGUUCUCUGGUCGACCGCUGCUGGGUGCACGUGUCUGCUGGUGCACCGACUCACCUGACUCACACUGGCUCAUUGACAACCACCCAAAACAUCCAUCGCUACUUCUGGCCACUGGAGACUCUGGUCAUGCUUUCAAGAUGUUCCCAAUAAUUGGUGACUACAUAUCAGAUGCUUUGGAGGGAAAAGAAAGGGGCCUGAGGGAAGAGUGGAAGUAUGGCAGCAGAAAGUCGAAACCUGUCGCUACAAGGCCUGGCACAGAGGUGAAAGACCUCAGAGAUAUCAUGCAUUUGGAAGCUGCAUGA